GUUCAUACAUUGAUUUACCACGUCAAAUAAAAUCAAAAAAGGCUUGCAUCAACGUUAAAAAUUAUGAUCAAAAGUGUUUUAAAUGGGCUGUGUUAUCAACUCUUCACCAACAAGACAAUCAUCCAACAGAUCUCUACAAUUAUUAUCAAUUUGAAAAUGAAUUAAACUUUGAUGGAAUAGAUUUUCCUGUAAAACUAAAGGAUAUUUCGAAAUUUGAAAAACAAAAUAAUGAAAUCUCAAUCAAUUUAUAUGGACUACGAUUAAAAGGCAAGAAUUUUAUUACUGUUCCAUUGCACUUGACUGCUGAGAAAAAGGAGAAGCAUGUCAAUUUGUUAAGAGUUGAAAGUCAUUAUGAAGAUGAGGGUUCUAGUGAUAAUGAUGAUGAUAAUAAUCAAGUCAUCUCACUAGAUUAUCACAACGUGUGGAUCAGGAAUUUGUCUCGUCUCGUACGUUCUCAAGUCUCUAAAAACAGAAGUAAAAAAUACAUUUGCGACCGAUGUCUUCAUUACUUUACUACAGAGGAAAAACUAACUAAACACGUAGACGAGUGUCAAAAAUUAAAUGAAUGUAGAAUUAACCUACCCAAACCCGGAAAGAAUUUUAUUCAUUUUAAAAAUCAUGGAAAUAAAGAAAAAGUUCCAUUUGUAAUCUACGCAGAUUGUGAGUGCCUUUUAAAACCUGUUAGAGAUGAAGAAACAACUACUAAUACGGAAAUUAUUCAACGACAUGAAAUGUUGAGCAUUGGAUAUUAUAUUAAAUGCAGCUAUGAUGACUCACUUUCCAGUUAUAAUUCAAGUCCAGAAGGAGUGAAUCCUGCCAAGUGGUUUGCCCAAGUGUUGCAGAAAAUUGCUCAAAACGUUGACGCAAUUAUGAAAAAUCCAAUUCCAAUGGAUAGAUUGAGAGCAGAGGAAAUUGAGGAAUUUUCAGUAUCAACAACAUGUCACAUUUGUAAUGGGCAAAUUUCUUCACUUGACAAGAAAGUUCGAGAUCAUUCACAUUUAACAGAGAUCAAUGCCUACUCGCUUAUAGACUUGAUCCUGCUCACUACUAUACAACACCAGGAUUGACGUGGGACGCGAUGUUAAAAUUUACUAAUGUGAGGUUAGAACUGCUUACAGACAUUGAUAAGCUAAUGUUUUUUGAACGUGGUGUGCGAGGAGGUAUUAGUCAAUGUAGCAAUCGUUAUGCUUGUGCUAAUAACCCUUUUAUGGAAAAUUUUAAUGAGAAUGAGGAAAUCAAGUAUAUUAUGUAUUUUGAUGCAAACAAUUUGUAUGGGUGGGGUAUGGUUCAACCACUUCCUUAUGGUGGAUUUGAGUGGAUUCCGGUUUCAGAUGAUUUCGAUUUUAAUAUUCAAGAUGAUGAAGCUUUUAGCUACAUUUUAGAAGUUGAUUUAGAUUAUCCGCAAGAUUUGCAUGACAGUCACAGUGAUUUACCAUUUUGUUCUGAACACACAAAUCCACCAUCAGAAUUAAAGCAAGCGAAACUUUUGACAACUUUGAAUCAUAAGCGGAAAUAUAUUAUUCAUUGCAGGGUAUUGAAACAGGUUAUAGCUAAUGGGUUAAAGUUAGUAAAAAUUCAUAGAAUCAUGAAAUUCAAUCAAUCAACAUGGCUUAAGUCAUAUAUAGAUUUCAAUACUUUGAUGAGAGCUAAGGCAAAAAACGAAUUUGAAAAGAACCUUUUUAAACUCAUGAAUAAUGCUGUAUAUGGAAAAACAAUGGAAAAUGUUCGGAAACAUGUCGACGUUAAACUUGUAACUAAAUGGAAUGGACGCUAUGGUGCUGAGGCUCUUAUUUCCAAACCCAACUUUCACAGUCGGUCAAUAUUUAAUGAAAAUUUAGUAGCGAUUGAACUUAGAAAAACAGAAAUUUUAAUGAACAAACCAAUUUACAUUGGCUUUUCGGUACUUGAUUUGUCAAAGACGCUUAUUUAUGACUUUCAUUAUGAUUAUAUGUUAAAAAAGUAUGGUAAAUCUUGCAAAUUGAUGUACACAGAUACGGAUAGCUUAAUUUACGAAUUAAAAUGCGAUAACAUUUUUGCUGAUAUGAGGGAAGAUAUUCACAAAUUUGAUACGUCAGACUAUCCAAAGGAUAAUAUUUAUAAUAUUCCGCAAGCCAACAAUAAAAUUCUUGGACUCAUGAAAGAUGAGUGUAGUGGAAAAAUUAUUACUGAAUUUGUUGGCUUGCGGAGUAAAAUGUAUAGUAUUCGUGUAAAUGGUUAAGAUUUUACGAAAAAAGCAAAAGGUGUAAAAGCAUCAGUUGUGAAGAAAGAUAUAGAAUUUGAUGAUUAUAUUGAUUGUUUACAUAACUAUUCAAUUCAAAUGAGAACUCAACAUGUUAUCAGAUCACGAUUGCGCAAAGUUGAAACUGUUAAACAAAUUAAGGUAGCUUUAAGUCCGAUGGAUAACAAGCGUUAUUUGUUACCAGAAAGUAGCGACACUCUCGCUUGGGGACAUUAUAAAAUAAAGAGAAAUGAUGAAGUAUCCCACA